AAGAAUAACAGAGCUUCUGUCCAGCGGGCUCCGUUCAAAGCGCUCGGUUUGUUCGUGUUUGGGCGUUAAGUUUCGGAUUCGGUGGCGAUCGUGGAUUUGGAGCACUCGGAAUUAGCCGUCUUGGCCGGUACCGCAGCUGCUAGCUCGGCUUGGAGGGAGAAGUGCGGAAGUGCAGCGCGGUGCUGGCUGGCCGUACGGCUGGCCGCUGCUAGCAGCCUCCGCUCGGCUAGCUGAAGCAGGGUUCUGGUCGACGUGACUUGCCAAAUGCCUGCCACGUUUUAACCGAAACCCUGGUUCCCCUUUGCACUCAAUUGGCUGGUUCAUUAACGCUGGCCGGCUUAAGUACGACUCCCUGCUAGCUAACGUUCACUUAAACUCUUACGCCCUUGGAUGUUUGGUGCGUCAAAAAGAGACUCCCAAGCCCCAUGUCUGCUGAGGCUUCAACUGGCAGUAUGACUGCUGUCGCUGCCCCUGUCCCCGUUUCCCAGUCUGCCGGCCAAAACAUGGAGGAGUGCAGUAGUCGUGGGCUGCUGGGGAGCAAAUAUGUCAAACUGAAUGUCGGUGGGUCGUUGCAUUACACAACCGUCCAGACGUUAAGCAAAGAGGAUAGUUUGCUCAGGAAUCUGUGCAAUGGAGGAGCUGAGGUUACAAUAGACUCAGAAGGCUGGGUAGUGUUGGAUAGAAGUGGCCGCCAUUUUGGACUGGUGUUAAACUUCCUGCGUGAUGGCUUUGUACCACUUCCUGAGGACUACAGAGAACUUGAUGAAGUUUUGAAAGAGGCUCAGUACUACAGGGUCCAAGGACUCAUCCAGCACUGCCUCACGGCCAUGCAGAAACAAAAGGAUGUGUAUGAAAGUGUGUGCCGUAUUCCCAUGAUUACUUCAGCCAAAGAAGAACAGAGGAUGAUUGCCACCUGUAGGAAGCCUGUAGUAAAAUUACAGAACAACAGAGGAAACAACAAAUACUCUUACACGAGUAACUCUGAUGACAACCUACUGAAGAACAUCGAAUUGUUUGACAAGCUCGGGCUGCGCUUUAAUGGCCGCGUGCUGUUUGUCAAGGAUGUUUUGGGGGAUGAGAUCUGCUGUUGGUCUUUCUAUGGUGAAGGUCGCAAGAUUGCUGAAGUUUGCUGCACCUCUAUUGUUUAUGCCACAGAGAAGAAACAGACCAAAGUUGAGUUUCCUGAGGCUCGCAUCUUUGAGGAAACCCUCAACAUCCUAAUUUAUGAAAAUGGCAGAGGAUCUGGUCCCGGAGGACUGGCCCUUUUAGAUUCAAGAGGCUCGGGUGCGUCGCCAGGAGCUGGGCAAUCGGAGGAAGAGGGCACCGGCGGAGGCGACAGACGAGUGAGGCGGAUUCAUGUCAGGAGGCAUAUUAUGCAUGACGAGAGAGGGCAUGGUCAACAGACUGUUUACAAGGACUGAUUCUUGAAAGUAAGUCAAGGAGUGGAGAGUACGUGUACAUUAGGGAUUUUUAGUUGUAGAUGAGCAUAAUAAAAGAAACAUGACCUCAAUGAUCGCUUUGCAGCCUUUUGGCUAAGAUCAAGUGUAGUGUAGAAACAUGACCUCGAUUAUAGUAAUAGCAUAGAAGGUUCGCCAUUCCAAAAAAGGUCUUACAGGUCAAAAAUCCAGGGGUGUUGACUUAUUUUUUUUGUCAAUGUAAGAGGCAUUUUGAUGUUUUUUUUUUAAAAGGUUUUGUUUACAAGGACAUAUGAUCCCAAGCGUUUUUGUAAAUUCUUGAAAUAGAAACUGUCAAGUCAAGGGCGAGUAGAAUUAACAUGAAUAUUCCCUUUCAAAACAUGGGAAAUUCCCAGUCGAUUUCUGUCUGGCCAGCUUUACUACUCUGUCUGUUGGUUUUGGCUUAUAGAGUAGACAGCCCACUGUCAAUGUGGGUGACAACAGUUUGCACUGGGGGUCGCCUCCUCUUUUGGACUUGCAAAUCCUAUUCGUUCAGGUUGUGAAAUGCAUUGGGUGGCUUUUUGUAACUAGGACAGAGAUACAAUAUGACAGUGAUGAGCAGAAGAUGGAUUUAAAGUUAAACUUUGGUACAACACUGGAGUAAAAUGGAGCUGCCGUUUUAUGUUUACCAGAUAGGAGGCGGCCAAUAAAUGUGAGAACUAAGCAGCUCCUCUUUUCUUUAAAUUAUGACUGAUGCAUAUUGUUUCAAAAUGUUUCUAUUAAUUUAUAAACCUAAUUUAUUGUCUAUUUUUUUAGUAUUGUUUAUUGUAUGAAAUUUGUGCAGGUUGUGUUUACUAGUGUUAAAGUGAGUUGUGCUUUUUGGCAUGGAUACAGCAUACUCCAUAGACAUGACAUUUUCAGAUUGUUCACCGAUGUUGUAUGUAGUGUUUUCACAAUAACCUUGACGUGACUAUCAUUCCCGUGUUCUAAUGACGUUUGAUUUUGAGCCACAAUUUCAUAGCUUUGUGUCAUUGUAUACCCAACCACUAAAAUGUCUCAAGGUAAUUUGAAAUACAUUUAUGGUGAACUUUUCCUAUGAUACAGUUAACACUGUAUAUUUUUCUUCAAGAAGAGGAUUAUUUAUAGAAUUCAUCAAUUUAGGUCUAAUCACUCUAAAUACUUAAAAGCAUGGACAAGAGUAGUAUGUAGCUCAAACCCUUUUUAAAUGUUAAAAUACCUUUUAAAAAUGCACUAAUUUGAUUUCCGUCCAAAAUUAAGUUGUUGUUAGUCAUUGAAAUAUUCUUAAUAAAUUACUUGUGGAAUCUGC